AUGGCCGCUAGAAACGCCGAUUCCAUGACCAACGCCCAGGGCGAGUUUCAUCCGCGAAAGCCCAGAGACGAGCCUGUGCAGACAUCCGGACAUCAAAUCGGACAAAAAGUGUCCCCGGCAGACCACGCACCCGAGUUUUCCGCAAAGACACUGCCAGCGGGCACGGCCCCCAAAUCCGCAACAUACCAACCGAACCCGGUUGACGAAACCCCCGGGCAGGCGAACAACCCAGACGUGCUGCGCUCGCACGGCAAGGAAGGCGUGCAGACGGACGCGCUCUCGACGCUGCCAGGGGCGACCUCCGCAGACGUCCACAAGGGGCUCGGACACCCAGGACAGGGCCAGACGUCGAACGAGCUGCGGCACGAGGGCGCACAUACGUCCACCAAGCAGACGUCUGGACUUGAGGGAGCAGGCGCGCAGGGCGGAUCGGGACUGCGUGAAGAUGGCAUGAACACGGAGUUCCGUCGUUUGCAGCAGGAUGGGGAUCAUCCUUCUGGGCCCCCGGCAGCUCGCGCGCAUAAUGUUAGCCUCGACGGCGCGGAGUCGAAGUUGCCCGUUGCGAGCGAGCAUUUGGCUGCUGAGGGGACUAAGACCCGUGCGCUGAAUGAUACCAAUCGCUCCACGAAUGCCACUGGCGUGCCGGAUAGGGGUGCCGGUUCUGAUCGAUCCUAG